GUGUAUGCUUAUCGAGAGGGGCUGAUGUGAGGGAAAAAGUGGUAAAUCGUACGAUUGAUGCACUUAUAACAAUGCAGCAAAUUUGCUAUGGUUAGAUCAUAACUCGUCAAGUAUUUUUGCAGCAUCUACAUCGAUCGCAGCGCGUCAGGUUGCAGCUUGCAUUUUUCUUCACUGCGUGACGUAUAAGACGGUCCAAGUGGGCAAGUGAUACGGUUAAAUCUCCGCUAGCUAUGCUAAUGCUAGCUCUUUAGCUUUGUUUACAUCUAGUGCGCGCCUGGUGGAUAAUUUCCGACCACACAAUUUGGAGAUUUUAGCUUUAGUUCUGCAUAUAUCUGAUCAUUCAUACGAAAAUAGUGUUGGAUAGUAAAUAAUCCUUUUGGCUACUACUGUGUAUCUGCUAUUUUGCCGAUUAUUAGGCUAACAUUAGCUACAUCAUGCUAACCUUUUGAUCUUGGCUCGUUCGAUCAUGCGGUUUGAUGGUAGCCCAUAGGUUUCUUUAGAUAUGCGUCUUGUUACGACAUGUGGUGUAAUUCUUCCGACUUUAUAGUAGUCCUUAAUUAUGAACUUAAAGAACUUUUGGAUUAAAAGGGAACUACUACAAAACAAACUGGCGAUGCUAACUUAAGCUAGCCACCUGCUGAGCUAGCUAACAUUGUUCGCUUUCAAUGAGACGGCUACACAAUGUUCGUCGUCUCACAUUGUGUCCAUAAUUAAUUUAUAUCUUAUCCUGCGUUGACGGGGUGCCGUGGGCGCUGGUUGCAACACCAGGCUGCUUUUAUUUUCUUAUCCAAGUUGGCUGUCCGUGGAUACUUUCCCUUGGACGGUGUUCCCCAGGAGCUGGGUAGUGCACCGCUAUGAAUCCCGUGGAUGCAACCGCUUUGUAUGUGUCUGCCACCCGGGCAGUGCUGCAGUGCGACCCGCUGCAGCCUCAUACCUUCGCAGAAAUGUACAAGCAGCUACCCUUCUUCCGACAGUCCCUCGCGUGUCUUGUCUGUGGUAAACUCCUGGAGGAUCCGAUUUCCCCAACACACCCAGAGUGUCAGCAUUAUGUCUGCUUGGGCUGCAAAGGCCAGAAGAUGCAGAUCAAGUCGUCGUGCGGCCGCUGCAAAGACUACUCCUGCUUCCAGGAGAACAAGCAACUCUCAUUACUGGUGCAGUGCUACAGACAGCUCUGCCUCUUUGUAACACAUUCACCACUGCUCCAGUCAAUCAGCAGCCAUGUGGGAGGGUCUCCAGAGGUCAUGGCCUUGUUGGAGGAGGUGCUUAUGUCACACAAAGAGGAGACGGAGCAUUCAGGCUUAGCAGAAGAGGAAGGGAAUCUGCCUGUUCCUGAGUCCCUUACUCCCACAGAGGCACCACCUGCUCCUGCAGAACUCUCUGCUGUUCCUCAGAGCUCCUCCUCAGAGCCUCCAUGUUUUAAUGGACCGCUGGGUUGCAACGGAGAAGCACUGGAGGACCCUUCUUCCCCUGAGCUGGAAGUAUGUGAGGUGGUAGAGGAGCAGCAACAUCUAGGUCUGUCUGUGUCUGAAACCGCUUGUAGCGGUUUAGAACUGGGUCUGAGCACUGGACCUUUAACCCCAACACUAGGCACUGUGUGCUCACUCAGGGAAGGGGAAUCUAGUACCAGGGAGCUGGAGGAGGGGGAAGUGUUGCUUCUCAGCGUAGAGGAGGUGUUACAAACGCUGGAUCCCCUUCAGCCUGAUCGAGACGCUCUUCACACAAACGCAGAAAGGACACACACACACAUAGCCACAGACAAAACACACACUCAUAUGUACAUUCAGCUAGAUGCAGCCCACAACUACACUCAGAUUCAUACAGGCAGGACUCACACAGUGGCACACCAUGGCACUCACACACACUCGUCUUCCUUUGAUCCUUCUCCUGCCUCAAAACCCCCGCAAGCCCGGCCCACCCGGAAGCGGUCCCGUUCAGAGAGCGACAGGGAAAAGGUGAACCCCAUUCCCAUCACCUCUAUCCUUCACGAUUCAUCUCUUCAAUCACACACUCCAACCCCUCCUCACACUCUGCAUACAAAACUACCCAUGCCAUCUCUUACUGUACCAGCGCACACAUAUUCAUCAGUUCCCAAUGGUGCGUUUCCCAAGCACAGCCGCCCCACACAGAAUCACAAUAAAGGUGCCAGAAAACAUGUGGACCCGAGCUCUAAGAAGCCCCAUGUCAAGGCCCGCAGCGGCGGAGGCUCUAAGACUAAAGACCGGGGCAAAGAUCAGCGGCCGAUGUCGGGCUGUGUGUUGCCCACGCCCCCUGUUAGACCUCCGUAUAAGAAGCCAGUGGAGAAGAAGGGCUGCAAGUGUGGCAGAGCCACUCAGAACCCGUCUGUUUUAACCUGCAGGGGGCAGCGCUGUCCCUGUUAUUCGAACCGCAAGGCAUGCUUGGACUGCAUCUGCCGAGGCUGCCAGAACUCUUACAUGGCCAACGGCGAGAAGAAGCUCGAGGCCUUCGCCGUGCCAGAGAAGGCCUUGGAGCAGACACGGCUCACGCUCGGCAUCAACUUGACCAGCAUCACGACGGCCGCGGCCCUCCGCAACCCGGCGACCACCAGCAUCCGAGCUAACACCCUCCUCAAUGUUGCCACGGCAACAGGGACCCCCGUGACCACGGCUUUUCUGUCCUCCAGCCCCCCGCAGGAUCCUAACUUCGACGACAGCCUGGAGCUGCUGAUUGGCUGAAAGGCAGGAAAUCCAAAAAUGACCCAGCUUGGUGCUGAUUGAAUGUGACGGCUGAUCAUCAGCCUGUUACCCCCGCCCCCUUCUUAUUAGGGGACACACUUCAUGGCAGCUAUGUGUCUGUCCUGUUCUGUAACCUGCUGUUUUUCUGUACCGGAAAACGCCGACUAGUGACAUUAGCAUGGUUGUGCCAAAGCCUCCUGUAUCGUGCCUGUGCACUGGUGUGUAUUGUUGCCAGUCUGUAGGUAUACAAGGAUGUUCUGUACUUCAGAGGGGCUUUUUUGUGCUUAUAGACCACAGAUUUACUGUAAGAGGCAAUAGAAACCCAUUCCAGGUUUUGUUUGUUUGCACACAAACACGGAUUCAAAAAUGUGCAGAUUUUUAAAUUUCUUUUUAGAACAUAUAAAUAAUGUCUAUCAACAGCAUCAUUUCAUAAAGAUUUCAGCUUCUUGCCAUUCUGAGUGUUAUUCCUACAUAUAUGAAAUGCAUAAUUUUAUAAGGAUCUGAUCCCUACUAGUCCCUAACCCUGUACGGGAUCACACCUUCAUCAUGAAAUCAGACUAAGCUACGGAGAUCCUCUUGGUUUACACAAGACAGUUUGCCUCUCCUUCAUUCUGUCAUCAGCUGUUUGUGUAUUUCUUAAACUUUCAGUGAGCUCAUUCUGAGGGAUUUGGCCGGCUGUGAGGUUUAGGCAUGGAGGCGAACGGUGGGCUGUGAGCACUUGAGAAACACCCAUUUUGGUCGUCAUAGCAAUAAGAGCACCAAUGAAGAGUCUCACCCCUCCUGUCCGGUUACAGUUUUGCGACUACACCAUAAUCGGCUAACUAACAUACUUGUACAUGACUGUGUAAACUGAAGCCAUAAUUAUAGGAGAAAGUUUCCUUUGAAAUCACCCCACCCCAAUACACUCACACAUGUAGAGUCCUGAUUAAUCAGAGAUUAUACCAGAUUAUUUUUGAUACUUUUGGAGGUUUGGUAUCCAUGUCUUUUGGCUAUAUCACAAAGAAAUGUUUCACAAGGCCGUGUUUGUGUUUAACUACAACAUGUUUGUCAGUCCAGUAUUGGUGACCAAAAAACUGACUGGAUGGAGAGAAAGCAUCACCUUUCUCUACUCGUGGACCAGGAAAGCAGCAGGGGGACUCCAGUAUGAUCAGCAAACAUGUCCUAUGUUUGUUUGUGCGCACGUUUCAAAGAUGUAUUUGUUUUGGGCAUUACUUGAACCCUUAGUUUUGUAUCUUUUUUUUUUUUUUUUUGGUAAUGUAAAGAUUCUUGUUUAAGGAGUGACAGUUAUUGCUGAAACAUUCACUGCCAUAUUAUGGAGACAUGUAACACAACAUGAAUUAAAAGAUAGUUUUUUACUUUUUCA